CAUGGUAAUUGCAUUAAAAGUGGUUGUUGUUGUUAGUUCUUUGUUGAAUAAAUUUUAAUUUAUUAUUUGAUAAUAUACGUUAUUGUUGUAAUAAAUACGAAGUCUGAUAUCUUUAUCUUGCGAUACCGAUUAAUGUUUUACAACUUUAAUUUACAACUAAAACGUUUAUGAUACGAAGAAAUUAUCUUACUGAGGAAGUUGGUAGAUACCGUCGAUUGCAUAUUUAUUACGCUAAUUUAUUGCUGGAUUAUCGAAAUCCUGUUAAUAGUUAUUCGUAAUCCACUCUAUCACGUAGUUCGGCAAUGAUAUUUUAACUUUCGUUAGAUAAUUUCAUAGUAGCAUAUUGCUUGAAGCCUUUGUGAAGAGCGCAGGUUAGCAAAAAUGAAAUUCCUAGUGUUGGCUCUCUUCGUCGCGGCCGCCGUUGCCGUCCCAAUCCCUGAAGACAACGGUGAUGCAGUCGAGCUGAUCGUCAAUGGCGUGCCCGAAGGAGCAGCCCUAGAGCUGGGCGGGAUUGUGGACAUGCAACUGAAUGAACACGUCGACGGACAACUGGCUUCCUCUACCAACUUGCUGUAUCCCUUGACCGCUGUAGGCAUCGCUGAAGCCGCCGCCGCCGCCGCUGAAGUGGCUGCUGCCGAGGAAAUUGCUCCCACCCCCAUCCAAAUCGCUGAUGCCGCCGAACCCGAAUCUGACUUCCAUAAUGUCCCUGAAACCAUCAUCCUCCCCGAGCCCGCUGAGGUUGUUCCCGCUCCUAUCGUCAUGCCUGAGCCUGUGAUCCCCGUAGUGGUCCCUGAACCCAUCGUCAUGCCUGAGCCCGUCGUCCCCGAAGUCGUGCCUGAGUCCAUCGUGAUGCCUGCACCGGUUGCCCCUGAAGUGGUGCCAGAAUCGAUUGUCAUGCCUGAGCCUGUUGCCCCCGAGGUGGUGCCAGAAUCUAUCGUCAUGCCUGAGCCUGUUGUCCCUGAAGUGGUUCCUGAAGUUGCUGAGCCGGUCCCCGAGCCCGCUGCCCAAAUCCCUGGAGAGAUCUUCAACAACGGACUCGUCCAAGUCCAGGUUAACGCCCCCGAAGACGCUGGUAUGUUCUCGACCCUCCAGAACUGGUUCAGCCUGGUCGUCAACUACAUCAGCAGCGGCAUCCAGACCUCUCAGCAGAUCGUUUAAGUUUCAUUAAGAAUGUACUUUCAAAUGUUUUGUAAUCUUUAACGUAAGUUAGAUAAGUCGUUUGAAAGUAAAUAUUUUAGAAAUCUU